GGACUUUAUGCAACUGUACUGAAUAUGAUGCUAACAUGCCGGUGUUGAAGUGAAGACAUUUAGUUUCUAAACACUCCUUCUUUUAGAUUUUCUGCAGCAUGACCACCUAUGCCAUCCUAUCCAGACUGUCCCCUCUACUCAGAGGCCGGUUCGGCUGCAAAGUUCGGGCGAUUUCAUGCGCUGUCACCUGCUCUCAGCUCCACAAAGUGGAGGGACCCGGCGGUUUGACAGGCAAAGUGGACCGGUUCGGUGGUGUGACAGUGAAUCUAGCUGAGGUCGGACUGCCGGUGGACAUAAGCGAAGAUGCAUUCAGCAGAUUGCUGAAAGACUCUCUGGUCCAGUGGAAAGCUGACGGGAAGAUGGCGGUGUGGCUACAAGUUCCCAUCUCACUGAGUCGAUGCGCCGCUGCAGCGGCGACUCACGGCUUCACUUUCCAUCACGCCAAAAGCGACCACAGCAUGCUGGCUCUGUGGCUGGGAGAAGGAGAAAGCAGGCUGCCGGGGUUUGCUACUCAUCAGGUUGGAGUGGCAGGUGCGGUCCUUGAUGAGUCCACUGGGAAAGUUCUGGUUGUCCAGGACAAAAAUAAGACCAAGAACGCCUGGAAGUUUCCUGGCGGCUUAUCCGAUCCAGGAGAGAAUAUCGGUUCCACUGCUGUUCGUGAAGUGUUUGAAGAGACGGGGGUGCGCUCCAAGUUCAGGUCCCUCCUCAGCAUCCGGCAGCAGCACCGGCACCCGGGCGCCUUCGACAUGUCGGACAUGUACCUCAUCUGCCGGCUGAGCCCGCUCACCUACGACAUCAACUUCUGCCCGCACGAGUGUCUGCGCUGCGAGUGGCUGAGUGUGAGCGAGCUGGCCGAGACCAGCAGCACCACGCCCAUCACGGCCCGCGUCGCCCGGCUGCUGCUGCACGGUCUGGAGCACGGCUUCGACAAGAUCGACCUCACCAUGGAAGAGCUGCCGGCCGUCUACUCUGGGAUGUUAUACCAGCUGUACCACAGACAACUUCCUGCUAAAUCCUAGAGCUCAGCUGGUGCUUUAAUGCCCAGUAUGAACCGGGACUCUUUAGGUACUGCAGAUUCUGUAGUUUUCACUUACUCAGGAUUAGGGCUGCAGCUAACGAUUAGUAAUUAAUCAACUAAUUAAUAAAAAAUAUAUAUAU